AUGGACGUCGACGUGGAACAGGCUCGAUACGAGCUUGUGAAGUUCGGUCCCAUUGCCAAGUGCCAGAGCGACUUGAUGGUCGCUCUUGCCAUGAAUAUUCAUGCCGCUGUCAUGGUCGAAUACCGCGGUUACCGAGGCUCCCCUAUUGCACCACGACCACGCUCUCGCUGUCCGACCUUGCCGACGACUACCUCGAAUCUGGAAGCUCCUGGGGAGGCUGGCAAUAUCGGCAUUGGCGCCCGUCGCCACGAGACUGUCCAUCUCUUCGGGUGCCCUCAUCAGGAGAGCGGCGUAAUUGCCACGGUCGGUCUCCUGCUCGGGCGAAACCUCAACCAGAUCCGGCGUCAGGUCGACUAG